AUGGCUAGUGGAAGCGAAAAAACCUAUCCAUUACCAUAUCGCAGUAAGCUCACGGAGAAAAUCGAGCCUGGUCAGACAUUGAUUAUUAAGGGAAAGAUCAACGAGGACUGCAAAAGGUUCAGUAUCAGUUUGCAUCGCGAUUCAGCAGACUUUGACGGCAGCGAUGUUCCGUUGCAAGUUAGCAUUCGUUUUGACGAAGGAAAGUUGGUGUUCAAUUCCUUCACAAAUGGUGUUUGGGGUAAAGAAGAGAAGCAGAAAAAUCCGUUUAAAAAAGGCGCAGCAUAUGAUAUCCGGAUUCGGUCUCAUGACAGCAAAUUUACAAUCUAUUGUGACCGGAAGGAGGUAAAAGAAUAUGAACAUCGAGUGCCUUUGCAAUGGGUAUCACACAUCUUAAUUGAUGGGGACACUCAGUUGAACCACGUACAGUGGGGUGGCAAAUACUACCCAGUGCCGUAUGAAUCUGGUAUUGCUGGCGAAGGCUUAACACCCGGAAAAUCACUGCUUAUUUAUGGUAUUCCGGAAAAGAAGGGCAAACGAUUCAACAUUAACUUGUUGUGCAAGAAUGGUGACAUCGCACUGCAUUUUAAUCCACGAUUUGAUGAAAAACAUGUUAUUCGUAAUUCAUUUUUGGAUAACCAAUGGGGUAACGAAGAACGAGAGGGGAAAAAUCCGUUUGAAAAAGCAAUAGUUUUUGAUCUGGAAAUAAAGAAUGAAGUUUAUGCAUUCCAGAUCUAUGUUAACGGUGAGCGUUUCGCAUCGUAUGCACAUCGUGUUGAUCCAAAUGGAAUUACCGGUUUGCAGAUCCAAGGCGAUGUAGACAUUACAGGAAUCCAAAUUCAGUAA